UCUUCGUUUUCAUCGCGCGCCACUUGGAUUACCAUUUUCCUUCCAUCGUCCCCACUCAGCAUCUCGCAAAAUCCGAAAACAGCAUCAUCAUUUUUCUCUCUUUCGAAAUCAAAAAGAUCACAGUUUAUUUUACAACCCUUCCAAAAAAAAAAAAAAAAGCUGGAGAAAAUAAGAAUAAAAACGAGAUUUUUCAUUUCAGUAUGGAAUAGAGUACCCAGAAUCAUUUCAUGCCGAAAUCACUUCACGAGCUGUGUAUUAUUUCAAUUUCUGAACUGUGUUUGCGUUGAUGGGCAAUGUUACUGGAAGCGUGGCUGCAAAAUUCGCUUUCUUUCCACCGGACCCACCAACGUACGACGUUUACAGAGAGCAAGAUGGAAGGCUCGUCUUCUCCGGGGUCACCGCCGAUAAGAACGUGGACGUUCAUCAGCUCGAUACGAAGGCCGGGAAUAAGAUCGUCGCCACCUUUUGGAGAUACCCUUUUGCGAGGUUCACGAUUUUGUACUCUCAUGGUAAUGCUGCUGACUUGGGUCAGAUGCUAGAGCUCUUCAUUGAGCUCAGAGCUCACCUUCGUGUUAAUGUUAUGAGCUAUGACUACUCAGGAUAUGGAGCAUCUACUGGUAAGCCAUCUGAGUUCAACACUUAUUACGACAUAGAGGCUGUCUAUAACUGUUUGAAGAGAGAAUAUGGAGUUGAGCAAGAAGAAUUAAUCUUGUACGGUCAAUCAGUUGGAAGUGGACCCACACUACACUUGGCUUCUAAAUUACAGAAGCUGAGAGGUGUUGUUCUUCACAGCGCGAUCCUUUCAGGGAUUAGGGUCUUGUACCCUGUCAAGAUGACAUUUUGGUUUGACAUAUUCAAAAACAUAGACAAAAUACGGAAUGUCAACUGUCCAGUCUUAGUUAUACAUGGAACAAACGAUGAUAUCGUUGAUUGGUCUCAUGGAAAGCGAUUGUGGGAACUUUCCAAGGAGAAAUAUGACCCUUUGUGGGUUAAAGGUGGGGGACAUUGCAACCUGGAGACAUUUCCAGAGUACAUCAAGCACUUGCGCAAGUUCAUGAAUGCCAUGGAGAAGCUCGCGCUCUCUAGUCAGACAAAGCAACAGCACAAUGCAGAUCCUACUAUCACUGAAUUCAAACACAACAGAUGCUUAAUAUUUGGUAAAAGAUAGCUGCAUCAGUUCUUGGAAGCGUAGGGAAGACAGAAAACCGCGUUUCACAUUGAAAGUUGAGCUCAAAACUGCAGGUUUGCCCCCAUUUCUGCUACUUUGAUUCUUUUGUUGAGAAUGUGAGGGGAAUUGUGAGUUGGAAAAAUUGGAAGAUGCUAUUUUUUAGAUAGAAAAAUUGUGCUGAGUGGUCAUUGCCUUGCCUAGGUUAAUUAUUAGUGUUGGAAAGUUUAACAGAAUGUACUUGAUUACACUAUCUAGCUGUGUUGAUGGCAAAGUUGAGUCUCUGUAUAGUCCCAUCAUUAUUCUUAGAAAAAGAUUGUUCUUUUCCUAAUACUCAAGCUAGUUAAUCUUCGUAGUGCAAAUUUCUUUUCUCAGAGAUUA